CGUGAUGACGUGUUGUUUUAAACUUACUCUGAUUGGUCAAGUAUCUUCCUGACGUCUGACGUAAUGUUUUCUCACGAUUUGAAUUUACGAAACGUUUAAUUGCCGAUUUAUUUUCUUCUCCAUUUAAUAACAGACGUGGUAUCUCAAUUACAGCGAGGGGAAGGAAAUGAACGAUGAUCUCUGCAAGUCGUUUGACAGAGUUGCUAGAAAGAUGGGCUGGAUGGAUGAGGGACUGGACUCAACCCAAAAGAAGCUGAUGAGUAUGAUCGGCAAGACGCGCAAUGGUGGGACAAGUGGAGCUCCUAGCGAGUCCAGUGAUGAAGAGUUUGACAAUUUUCUUAUGAAAAACUUCACACCCAAAACAAAAACUAAGCCACAGAAGCCAAUCAGUGCUGCAAAGACACUCAGCUCAAAUGUUCCUGUGGUGAGCUCAGGUGAUGAAGAUGACUUUGAGACAUUUUUGCAGCAAGUGAAAACCCCCGCCGCCAAAGCCAGGAUAAGAUCUGAAAGCGGCAGUGAAGACAGCCUGAAAAACUUCAUAGUGAACGAUUUCUCGUCUGAUGACGAUUUUCUUGAAACUAAGUCGUCCUUAAAAGUUCCUCAGAAGAUCAAAACUCCAGUGGGGCAGCGUCCGUUCAGAAGACCUCUCGCGCAGUUGAACUCGCCGGUGUUUGUUAGCGACAGUGGGGACGACGACGACGAAAACAUUAUCAUAAGGAAUACUUGGAAGACUCGUCACUCGAAGCCCAAACCUCUGCAAAGAGAUGAAAAGAGCGAAAACAAGCAGGAAGAGAACCGAUCACCCUUGCUGCCCAGUUUAUCGGACUUCCUCCGUCCUCCCAGUAACACUCCGCCAUUAACAGCGUCACCCAAGCGGACUUUUUCAGCACCUUGUAGGCUGGACGAGUCGAGCGGCUCUGAGGAGGAGUUUGCGUCCCUGUUGGAGAGGCUGAAAAAGAAAAACAAUCUCACCAGCACCACAUUCACCCCAAACACCAGUAAAGAAUCUGAAACAAAGCUUGUGAUCUCAGCUCCUGCGGUGAAGCCCUUCACAACACCAGGCUCGAAAGCGAUCAAGGAGAAACCUCAAGAUGUAAAAACACAUGGAAAAUCCUCCAUUUUGAAGCCUAAAGUCAGUCAGACGGACCCCAGGCCCGCUGCUGUGAGCAGGAUUGCGGCGUGUAAGACCCCUGGCUGCUUCCUAGAGUCACUCGCAGUUCCCGGCUCCAUAUAUGGAUCCAUUUUCAAGAAGAACAAGGAAGAACUCACAAGGAAGCUGUACCAGCUCUACAAUACCAGCGUGUUUGACAACAAGCUGCCAACCAACAUGUCUGUAACCUGGAAUAAGAAGAUGCGGAAAACAGCGGGUUACUGUAUCACGGGACAGGAAAAAGGUGGAGGAAACCGCUACGCUCGCAUCGAGCUGUCCGACAAAGUCUGCGACUCCGCAGAUCGUCUCCGGGACACGCUGAUCCAUGAAAUGUGCCACGCUGCCACGUGGCUGAUAAACGGCGUGAGGGACGGACACGGAAACCUGUGGAGGCUGUACGCACGCAAAUCCACACUCAUGCAUCCCGAGCUGCCCGUGGUGACGCGCUGCCACAGUUAUGACAUCACGUACAAGUUCCAGUAUCAGUGCAAGCGCUGCCAGAAUACGAUCGGCCGCCACUCCAAGUCUCUGGACACGCAGAGGUUUGUGUGCGCGCUCUGCACCGGUCAGCUGGUCUUACUGACUCCUUCGAAGCCACGGGCUCCCACGCCCUUCGCCACGUUCGUCAAAGAGAAUUACGGGAACGCGAGGCAGGAGCUGGCGGGGCAGAGCCACGCGGAAGUGAUGCGGAAACUGAGCGCCGACUUUGCCUCGAAGACCAAACUCGGUGCGAGCUGAAUGAGCAAACGUACUGAAAACCCUUUACCUCUUUCGAUGUUCUUACCUUUUCGGGCCACUGUGAUACUUUUUUUUUUUUUUUCUUUUGUUAUUGGUUGCUAUAACUGGAAGUGUGAACAAAAACACCAAAGUUUUCUGUCCACUAUAUAUAUAUAUUUUUUUUGUAUUGAAGUCGAUAGAACUGUCGUCUUAUUCAAGCAAUAAGACAUGAGACAGUCAGCAUAUUCUCUCUAGAAUAUGCUGGAUUUCUUUUUUUUUUUUUUUUUUUUUUUUUUUUGCCAGUAAUUUUAACAAUAAAAACUUGAUACAUAAAACAAAUAUAUAUAUAUUUUUUUUCCUUAAGUUUUUCUUGCCAUCUCUUUCCUUCAUCAGACAGGAAAGAGACGGGGAGAGAGAAUGGCGGGAGACAAGCAGCAAAGGCCUGAGGGUCAGGAGUCCAACUUUGAACGGCUGCAUUGAGGACUAAAAGUCUGCCGCGAAAGUAAACCUGGGGAUGCUUAUUGAUUUGUGUUUUUUUUCUGAAUUACUGGUGUUGUUUAUGUAAGUAAGCAAUGAGCACUACUCACAUGAGUAACGUUUUUAAUCGAAUGGAAGUGAAUGAAACUGAAAGAUACUGGUGCGUUUUAUUACCACGACUUUAUCGAGCAAAUAUUUACAGGUAGGAUAUAUUAUGUCUGCUCACAU